AAGAUUUGUCAUGUAGGUGGAGUUAGUGUAGAUCAGGGGAGGGUGAGAAAAGAGGGCUCGAACAUGUGCGGUAAAGUAGUGAGGGCAGAGCUUCACUGGUCUAACAGAGAGUGAGAGAGAUAGAGCUUUGGAGGUUUUACAUAAAAUAGAGAGACUGGGCAAGCUGCUGAGGCCUGCACCACAGCGACAGAAAAAAGGAAGUGUGAUAAUCAGUCUGGGAAAUGACUGUGUAAACUAUUUGUUGUUGCUCCGCUCAGAGACCCUGCUGUUCCUAAACAGACAUGAAUGGUGAUGGCAGCAAACAGCGAUAUGUGUCAACCUUCAGGAUGCACAUCAAGUCGCCUCGUGCAGCAUCUGCCUCAGGCAAUGGACCUGGUACUACUGACACCAGCAAAUGUACUGAUCCAGGGUCGCUUAGCCUUUCCUCACAUAAACAUCUGGAUCCGCCUGUCUUCAUAGAGCCCCUGAAGGACUGCUGUGUGGAUGAAGGAGGGGACAUCACACUACGUGGGGUUCUCACAGGAAGUCAGCCAAUCAGAGUGUCAUGGUUGCACAAUGGUGAAGUGGCCCGUUUUGGGAAUUCUUCCUUCAGUGGCAGGGAGGUGAGUUUUGUGGUGAAGGACUGUUUACCAGAAGAUGCUGGCGCUUACACCUGCUUGGCAGAAAGCAGCGCAGGGAAGACAUCUUGCAGCGCUGCUGUGUUCGUCAGAGACUUCGAAACUAUCUGUGGUGUGCAGAAUCAUGUUUCAAAGAUGACCACUUCUGCAUCCAAGAGCAUAAUGGAAAAUGGACGUUCACCCCAGACUCACAAAGAUGAACCACAGAAAUUCAAAGGAGCCAUUUGUGCCUCUCCCACAGGCUCUGAUAAGCAGAGCCCAGUCUCAUCUCCUAGAGAAGUCAUCCCAAAGAAGAGAGCCAACUCAGCGACAGGCCCGGUGUUACAUUUUGAAAACCCACCACAGCACCACGAGGUGAAAGUGGGACAAACUGCCAGGCUGACGUGCUUUUUUGCCGGCAGCCCCCCCGUAGUGUCCUGCUGGAUCAGAAAUAAAGAACAGAUAGUGGAUGGUCCAGAGCUGUGGACAGAAAAUACUGAUCGGAGCAGUACGCUGGUUAUAACAGAGGCUAAACCACAGCACACAGGUCGCUACACUGUUGUUGUGAAGGACCGCAAAAGCUCAGCACAACACACACUUACCCUUUCUGUCAUAGAGAAGCCAGAGCCUCCUGCCUCCAGUCCUGUGAUUUCCCUCGUCUCUGCAUCCAGCCUUGUCCUGUCCUGGUCGGGCCCUUGCUAUGACGGCGGCAGUGCCAUCCUGGGUUAUGUGGUUGAAGUAAAAAACCAAGAACCUGGUGAGCCUGGGCACUGGAGCAAGCUUACUGCCCAGUGUAAGAGUACCUCAUACAGAGUGUCCUCUGGGCUACAGCCUCAACAGAAAUACUGUUUCAGAGUGAGGGCCUAUAACUCUGUGGGAGUAAGCGAGCCGGGACCAGUGUCACCAGUGGUGAGGAUGGAGCAGGAAGAUUCAAACAAAACGCAAGGAGAGGAACUCCCUCCAGUGUAUACCAGCGUCACUAUUGACUCCUGCCACAAAGUCAGCGAUCACUACAAUGUAUUGGAAAAACUGGGAAUGGGAAAAUUUGGCUCGGUCCACAAGCUAACCCACAAAGAGACAGGACGUGUGUGCGCUGGAAAGUUCUACAAAGGACGUCGUGCCAAAGAGAGGGAGGCUGCCCGUAAAGAGAUCGAGCUGAUGAACCACCUCCAUCACCACAAACUGGUUCAGUGCCUGGGAGCAUACGAUCACAGGUCUGAGAUGGUCAUGGUCAUGGAGUUUAUCGCAGGUGGGGAACUCUUUGAACGUAUUGUGGAUGACAACUUUGAGCACACAGAGCCUGCCAGUGUGCGCUACAUGCAGCAGAUCCUGGAGGGGAUUGCAUACAUGCAUCAACAGAACAUCGUCCAUCUGGACCUCAAACCUGAGAACAUUGUGUGUGUUGACACCACUGGCACCUCCAUAAAGAUCAUUGACUUUGGAUUAGCCAGUAGAAUUGAUGGCAGCACACCUCUGAAAGUGUUGCAUGGGACUCCAGAGUUUGUGGCACCUGAAGUGAUCAACUAUGAGCCUGUGUCUUUGCAAACUGAUAUGUGGAGCAUUGGGGUUAUCUGCUACAUCUUGCUGAGUGGUGAGUCUCCAUUCCAGGGAAACAGUGAUGCAGAGACCCUGGCCUUGGUUACAGCGGCUCAGUGGGAGUUUGAUGAGGACAGUUUUGAGGAGAUAACAGAGGAGGCCAAAAAUUUCAUCAGCUCCCUGCUCAACAAAGACAUCAGGCGGAGGAUGUCCUGUAAAGAAGCCCUCAACCACCCCUGGAUGGCAGCAUUUGACUCUGGAGACCUCACCACCACUAAGACUCUGUCCAAAGAGAAAAUGAAGAGGUUUCUAGCCAGGCAGAAAUGGAAGAAAGCUGGCAAGGCCAUGUUAGCCCUAAAGAGAAUGGCUCUACUGUCUAAAGGUGAAAGCUCUGCAUCUCUCACAAGCCCCAGGGAAGACUCAACCCUGAGCCCAGAGGCAGAACAUGCCUUGCAGUCUCUGGAGCGUAAGAUGCAGGGACCACCCCUAUUUACCAAGAGCUUGGAGGACCAGACUGUAGCUCAGGGAACCAGUGCCCAACUCUCAUGUCACCUCACAGGAUACCCUGACCCAGAGGUGGUGUGGCUGUGUGGUGAGGAACCUGUGGUGGAGUCACCCACAGUGCAGAUAGAGUAUGAAGACGAUGGCCGCUGUACCCUGGUUCUAUCCAAAGUUGGCCCAGAGGACACCAAUGUUUACACCUGUAGGGCCACCAAUGACCAUGGGGAGACAUUCUGCUCAGCCAAACUAACUGUUCAAGAAUAAUUUGAUUGUGUCUACAUAUGCAGAGAUACAAUGUAUAAAUAUAAAGUCUAUGAGUGCCAUGAAUAGCUGUAUUGUACAUUCUUGUUUUAACAUGAGGACUACAAUUUGGGACCAAACUGUGCAACCCGACGUGUGGCUGGAAGUAUAUAUAUAACGUGUAAUAUUGCACAGAAUUCUGAUGAAUAUUGUUACAGAGCUAUGGGAAUGUCAUCUUUAAACAUACCCACAUGCACCAUUUUACUACUCUACAUCAGUGAACACUUGCACACCAAAUAAAUAGAUGGAAAUAGUCCCCAGCAGACUAUCUUGAUAUACACUACUAUUCUGCCAUGCACAGCUUUCAGUGGCACAUUUAGGCUUGUCUUUAGUAUCAGUGUGCAGUUUCUGAUCUAGCUAAAAAACUGCAGUCCAUCUUAUUAUGGCCAAUACUUGACAUAACAGCGGUGCCCAUAUAUUGAUUUGAGUGUCAGACCUCAUUUAAAACCUCAUUUGCAUGUUACAAAAACUAUGUUUCUGUGUUCAGUUAGGGUUUUACACCAUGAACAUGUGUUAUGCUGUUUAGGAUAUCUUUUUUUUUUGAUUGUGUCAGUUCAUACAAUCCCAGAGUUCAGCUGACAUAUCAACCCUUCGAAACACAUUGGCUGGAUCAUUUGGGUAGACAAAGUUAUCAGACAUCAAUUUUGCUUUAAAUGUUGACAAUUUUUCACAGAAAGGGCCAUGUUUUUUGUUGGUGUUUGCUGUCAGGUUCUCCUUUAUUAUGGCCACUGGUUUGCCUUCAUGUGGAGGAAAUAGGGUGUAGUAAUUAAGUUGGAAAUUUGUGUGUGUUGCUAAAAUAUGUGCAGUGAUAGAGGGAGACGGGGAAAUCUUUCCAUGACAAAAGAAUGUUGUCAAAAUCUUGUAAGGCUUCCUGUCUGCAGGUUGAAUUUCAGACUGCAAACAAUGCAAUGGGGGCAUGAAACUACAGACCAUCCACCUGCAGAGGGAGGGAAAAAAGUCUUGCAGCUACGUACAUUUUUCUUUUUCUCAAGUUUUUAUAGUCAUUUUAAAUUUACGCUUACAAGAACCACCCCAAAUGGACCAAAAUCUGUUGAUAUAUGUAUGUUGAUUCUUAGAUUUUUCCCUCAGCCAGAAAACCAGCUCUGCCUGAAAGACACUCAUUUGAACAACACAACUUAAAGACAGACUUUGGAGAGCUACUUUCUAGGAAACAACAAAGAUGAGUAUGAAGCAAGAAUCCAAAAAUCAGUUGUUAUCCUUUGCAAAGUAUCUGUUGUGAUAUAUUUUCAAUACAAGGCGUGCACAAAGAGAGAUUAAGCGUGUUCAUACUCCAAGCACAGCUGAAUCCUUCCCUGACUAAAGAAGGAAGGAGUUGUGCACAGCUGAGCUGCAUUUAUCAUUUUUCAAAAAACUGUUCUUUAUAUGCACCAUUUAAGCAUCUUAACUUGUUCAAUUUCAAAGUGAUAAAAUAAAAACCCAAUGUUAUAUUA